UUUCAUUGAGCAAUGCUCUAGUAGAGUCAACGUAGGCAAGCGGCUGCCACCACCCUCACCAUGAAAAUAGAAGGUGCCUCGGUGGUCCUUGCUCUGGCAUUUUUCUGCUUCUUCUCAGAUGUUGCCAGUCAAGCUUCGAUUAAGAAUGAAUGCAGGAAAAUCUGGUCCCUUCUGCGCAGCGGGAAGUUUUCCUGUCCCACCACCAAGGAGCCCUUCAGAAGCCCAAACAACAAAGGAGACCUCAACAAGUGCAUGAUGUGCCAAAGGCUGCUGGAAAGAGACUCAAAAAACAAAGGGAGUGGUGGAGAGGCGGACAGGAAUGUGAACUCCUUGGGAAAGGAUGAGUGUCGGGAGUUUCGGGAUCUGUUCGAGAGAGGGAAACUUUCCUGCACCAGGGAGAACGACCCUGUCCGGGACGCCUCCGGGAAGCAGCACAGCAAUAAAUGCAUCAUGUGUGCAGAGAAGUUCAAAAGGGAGAAUGAGCGGAAGUUAUCUAAAAACAGACAAGGAAAAGAUAAGGAUGAAUGCAGCGAGUUCCGCUCCCAGUUUGAGGCUGGUGGGCGCCUGUCCUGCACCAGGGAGAACGCCCCAGUCCGGGAUGCCUCUGGCAAGCAGCACACCAACAAAUGUCUCAUGUGUGCUGACAAGCUGAAAAAGGAAGCCCAAAGAGGGGGUGGAACUGUCCAGCGCAACAAACUGCCCGCUUCAGAGAGGACAAACCAGAGGAACUGUGGUGGUUCACGGCAGGGUGUAAACGACAGGCGUCCCUCCUCACCAGGCAGAGGCCCACAAGGUCAGCGGGGCAGGAACUGCAACCGGCCACCAGGCCGCAAGUCCCAGAGCAGAGACAACAACGAGGACCCCAUGCUGGACUGUGAGCGAAUUCUGCAUGGGGUAAAGGGUGGAAGGAUUUUCUGCAGCGAAUCCUCACAACCAGUCUGUGGCACUGAUGGGAAAACAUACAAAAAUGAAUGUGACUUGUGUUCAGCUGCCAUGAGAGCUUCAAACUUCAUCACGCUAAGCUAUCGAGGCGAGUGCCGAGAGCCUGCCCCUGAAGUGGAGUAAUGGAGUUCAGACUGCCAGCAAACACCAGGGAUCAGCUGUGACCAAAGAGCAAGUAAAGGAAGCGUCGAUGUUGAGCAUCAGGGGAGCUGCCGAGUCCCCAGGACUGCCAGAGCUGCCUUCAUCCCCUUCUGCAGCACACGGGGCUGUUCCUGCUCGGGUGGAGGGCCAAAGGCUGUGGGGACUCCGUGGUGCCCUCCCAGGUGUGCCCCGUGCGCGCUGCUGCAGCCCCGCCGCCUCGCUGUGUCUUAACGUGCUUGUCCAAUAAAGAUAACUCCUCAGCUUCAUGUCACUUUUCUUCACUCAGCCUCAGGGCAGGGACACACGGGUCCCCUCCCUGGCUCUGUGCCACAUGCUCCUUAGGCUGUGAGCACCCUGAGGUGCUGCAGCUGCUGUAAAUAGCUGGUGAAGAUGUUGGACCCAAGGAGGAGGAGUGUGGUCUGGGGUUUUGUGAGGAGGGGUCAGGUUCUCUCUGGCUCCUUAUGGGGUCUUGGGUCAAUCACUUCACUGCCCUAUCAGUCCUUUUUCUCCUGCCUGUAAAAUGAACAUUAAACGAUACUUGCCUACCUCA